GCCGUGAAUUUUGUGCACUCUGCUGCUAGUUUCAAUCUGGCUGCGAACGAAUUAGCAUAAAGUAAUCAAAGCGCACUUAAAAAGUCACAACAAAUGGCCUAUAACAGCUGGCCUCGGGUACUGUUUGUAUACUUGCUGCUCCUGCUGCAUUAUCGGCAGUAUGCUGCCACGCCCAAUCGGCGCAUCAUCUACAAGUUCACCGAUUGUAAUGCCGAACAACUGCAGCAUUUGCCCAAACUCGCGGCGGUCUACGAGUUGUCCGCUGUGACGUGCAACAUCUCAACGCUACCAAAUGCAUACUUCACGCGCUUCACCUCACUCACCGCGCUGGAAGUGCGUGAGAGUGGCCUGGCGAAAAUUGGCGCCUACGCGCUCAAUGGACUGGAACAGCUGCAGUGGUUGGCGCUGCCCUGGAACUACAUCACCGACGUCAAGCCAUGGUCUCAGGCGCCACUAAAGGCGCUGCACACGCUCGAUUUGGAGGGGAACGCUGUGAAAACGCUCAGCGCCGAAAGUUUCGUGAGCUAUCCAAAUCUACAUUAUUUAAGCCUGGCCCAUAACAUGCUCGAGCGCAUCAGCGGUGACGCAUUUACGCAUUUGCCACAUUUGAAGCAUUUGAAUUUGGCACACAAUCGUCUCGGCGUGAUUGAGUCGCUAUAUUUUCGUGGCAUGCAACAUUUGGCCCAUUUAUCACUGCAACAUAAUGCGAUUGAGCGCGUGGCUGCCGACAGCUUUGCAACGAAUGCACAUCUGCGUUCGCUGCGCUUAGAUGUCAAUAAGCUGCGGGAUUUGGAAUUGCUACGCAGCAAUGCUCUUACACGUUUACUGCAUUUGAAUGUGUCGCACAAUCGCAUCGAAGCCGUUGAUGCCUUCGCGACUGGAGAGUGGGCGUUGAUGGAUUUGGAUCUUAGUGCGAAUCGGCUGGUGGAAGUGAAGGCGAAUACGUUCGAUGGCCUGGCCGCGCUAACGCAUCUCAACCUCAGCGCCAACGCCUUGCAUAUGCUUGCCGCGUCCUGUCUGGACAAGCUCAUCAAUCUGGAGACGAUCGACCUGUCCGCCAACAAUUUGACGCAACUACCCAUGGGACUCUUCGAUGCGCCCACCCAACUGCAGCGCGUCAAUUUGUCACGUAAUGCCCUGCCGACCAUCCAUGCCGAACUCUUCGCGCAGCUGCCCUAUCUGCGUGCGUUGGACAUGUCAGGGAAUCAAUUGUCAUCCGGCGCAUUCAUCGCUCAUCUCUCGCCGCUGUUGCCGCACUCGGCACUUACGCUGGAUUUAAGUGAGAAUCACUUAACGCAACUUGAUGGCGACGUCAUGACGGCGUUGCAAGUCUGUGGUGCGAGCGUUGAUUUGUCCGCCAACCGCUGGCAUUGCCAGUGGCUCAUUGUUGAGCUGGUGCGCGCUCCAGCGCACGUACACUUCGGACGCAACUAUUCGUUGGCGUCGUCGUGGAGUGCAGCGCUGCUCAACGUGAGUGGCAUUGAUUGCUAUGAUGCGGAGCGUCAUCGCAGUCUUGUGGUGCUGGACGCCGGGCGUUUGUGGGAGCGCCGCCAUGUCGGGGGUGAUGUUGAUUGCACGACGUUCGUUGAUCCUGUUAUGCCAACACCACCGCCGCUGGUUUGGCCGCGUGUGCGCGUGGACCGCUUCGACUCACGCUCCAUUAUCAUUUGGAUGUUGAUUGCCAUUGGCUUAGCGUUCACCGGGCUGCGUAUAGCGCGUCAGUUGAUCGACAGACGAGAGCAAGCCAAGCGUGUGAAGAAAUUACUCGAGAUGAAGACACAGGAGCUGACGCGACUCACGGCGAAAAAUGUGGAAAGAUUCAAUGAGCGAACUUAAGAACUAUACUAGUCUCUCGGAAGGACGAAGGAAUACUAGCGAGAUGGUUAAACUAAGUGUAUUACAUAAAUAAAAUAGCUUUAAGUAAUAAACAUCCGGAAACUUUUUCAAAAGCAAUGCGGUUGGGAAUAAAGUAA